AUGUCGACCGAGAAGGAGAGAGAGACGCACGUUUACAUGGCCAAGCUCUCCGAACAGGCUGAGCGCUAUGAAGAAAUGGUUGAGAGCAUGAAAAAAGUUGCCAAACUUAACUUGGACCUGACUGUGGAGGAAAGGAACCUCCUCUCCGUGGGAUACAAAAAUGUAAUUGGUGCUAGGCGAGCUUCUUGGCGAAUCAUGUCUUCAAUUGAGCAGAAGGAAGAAUCUAAAGGAAAUGACAGCAAUGCUAAACUGAUUAAGGGUUACCGCCAGAAGGUAGAGGAGGAACUCUCCAAAAUAUGCAACGACAUUCUGUCCAUCAUUGAUGAGCAUCUCAUCCCCUCUUCCACCGCAGGAGAAGCAACUGUGUUCUACUACAAGAUGAAAGGGGACUACUACCGCUAUCUAGCAGAGUUCAAGAGUGAUCAAGAACGGAAGGAAGCGGCCGAGCAGUCAUUAAAGGGUUACGAGGCUGCUUCUACUACUGCAAGCACAGAUCUGCCCUCAACCCACCCAAUUCGUCUUGGCCUUGCCCUUAACUUCUCUGUUUUCUACUAUGAGAUCAUGAAUUCUCCUGAGAGGGCCUGCCAUCUGGCCAAACAAGCUUUUGAUGAGGCAAUUGCAGAGUUGGACACUUUGAGUGAGGAAUCAUAUAAGGACAGCACCUUAAUUAUGCAGUUGUUGAGAGAUAACCUUACUCUCUGGACUUCUGACUUGCCUGAAGAUGGAGGUGAUGAUAACUUCAAAGGUGAAGAAUCAAAGGAAAAGCCUGCCGAAGGAGAGGGGAGUUUGAGAACCGAGGAAGUGGAUGCUAAACUACUUUGCAAUUUGCAGAAGUGGCAUGCUUUUGUUAGCUCACCUGACCAAGGGAUUCGAUGGAACAAUCAUGACAGUUUUUGA